CAUUGCUGUUUGCGAGCGCGAGCGACCUUGGUCUUUAAGGAACCGCACGCGCGCGCUUGUAUAAAGACGUAUUUCCCCGCACGCCAGCACGCGGGGGAGGUCGACGGAGACACACGCGCCGUCCAGCCGGGUGGCGGACCGGGCGGCACAGCCAUGGAGGACGCCGCGAAGAAGAAGGACGGUGGCGGCGUCAAAGUCGACGUCGACGCAGGACGGGCCUACCGGGCGCCCAGCAAGCUGCCGCAGUACGUGGCCGCCGUCGUAGCAAACUUGGCUGCCUUCACCCAAGGGACGAUAGUAGGAUGGAUGUCGCCGGUCGUGGACUCGCUCAAGUCGGACAACUCUCCCAUCGGGGACAGCCCGAUGACAGACGACCAGGUGUCCUUGCUGGGGGCCAUGCUGUGCGCAGGGGCCACCGUAAUGACGCCUGUCUACAGCUACCUCGCCAACAACUACAGUCGCAAGCUGACGGGAUACCUCGUCGGCAUCCCUCCGGUCGUAUGCUGGAUCAUGAAGAUAUUCGCCACCUCCAACGUCACCCUCUACGUCGCCAGGUUCUUCAUCGGCUGCGUCGGUGCGGGAAACACCAUACUGUGUCCUCUGUACGUCACGGAAACAGCCGAUGACACCGUCAGGGGCUCCCUCGGCACAUAUGUGAUGCUAUUUUUCUAUGUCGGGGUCCUGUUCUCUUCCAUCGUUGGUGGUUUCACGGACUACAAAACUUUCUCCACCAUAUGCCUCACCAUCCCACUUGUAUUCAUGUUUUGUUUCUUCUGGAUACCGGAAUCUCCUUUUUAUCUCAUCAUGAAGAAUAAACAAGAGGAGGCCAGGAAAGCUCUAAUGUGGCUGAGAAGUGGCGAUAAGAACGCGGUGGAGGAAACAAUGUCCACGAUGAUGGAGACCAUAAGAAGAUCCAAACACGACAGGGCCAAGAAAGCGACGAUGAAGGAUCUGUUCUCAGACAUCGGGGCGAGGAAGGCCAUGAUCAUCAGCUUGGGAAUGGUCGCGAACAACCAGCUGUGCGGGUUCUUCGCGGUCCUCACCUUCACCGUCACGAUCUUCCAGGAGUCCGGCAGCGGGCUGUCCCCCGUUGUGUCGUCCAUCAUCGUCGGCUGCCUGCAGUGCCUCGGGACAUUCCUGACCGCCGCGCUGGUCGACAGAGCUGGUCGCAAGAUCCUCCUCGUCAUCUCGAACGUGGGACUUUCCGCGUGCUUGAUAGUCCUGUCCUUCCACUCCUACUUCAAGUUCCGCGGGUAUGACGUGUCGUCCUACGGGUGGGUGCCCAUCGUGUGCCUGUGCUGCUACGUGGUGUUCAUCGGUCUCGGCAUCGGCACCAUCCCUUACAUUAUAAUGAACGAGAUAUUCAGCCCGGAACUGCGAGGCAAGGCACUCACCAUCUGCCUGAUGGUGCUGUGGGUGCUGGCGUUCCUCGUCGCGCGCUACUUCAUCCCCGUGUCGGACGUGUUCGGGCUGGACGUCUGCUACGGGUUCUUUGCCCUCUGCUGCGUCGCAGGUGCCUUCUUCUCGCACUUCGUUGUGCCUGAGACCAAGAACAGAAGCCUGGAUUCCAUUCUGAAGGAGCUCAGUGGCAACGCAGAACUAGGAAUCCCUCUGCAAGCUAUAAUUUCGGAGAAGGAAUCCGCGAACAAUUUACACACGUGAGAGAGAAAACAAGCGAUCCUUAAAUGGUAUCGAAGAAUUAACACAACGAUAAAGGUGGUGCAGUAUCAAAUCCUUUGUGUUCUGAUACGAUUUAUUCGUUGGCACGAGUUCUUAAUUUUACAUGGUUUACGAGAAAUGUUUCUUGUUUGAUUAUAAAGGUUGUCAAAGAGUUGUACGACGAUACAGAAAUCACCAUCGCUUGAAAACAAACUUUCUUGAAAAAUAGGGAUUAGUUUUUAAUUUUUAUUUUUAUAACAAAAUGUAUACGUGUGGGUUCCCGAUAAACUCUUCAGCACUAUCGUAUUUUCGCAAUGAUUAUACGACACGAAAUUUGAUACUUUCCAUUGGUCUGGUGCAUCAGUGUGGACUUUGACCACCAUUCAAUGUAAUUACCUUUAAGAAAUAUUGUAAUAUAGACAAUAUGGGAAACAAUACGCGAGACAAGUGAUGUCAGCGAACCUGGUGGUGUGGAGUGUACCUACGGUUUGUUACAAUGUGUGUUUUAAAUGCGUGAGACUAGCUACAGUAUGAACAUCUAGUGGCAAGGAGUUUAAAAGAGCUAGAUAGCAAUGCAGUAAAUAGUCUCGCACUUCCUCAGUACUAAUUGGCCAAAAUUUCCCAUAUUGUCCUAUUAUACGAUAUUUGCCUUUAAUCAUACUAGUAUAUCCUAUUAUGUAUAGCCAGAGAAACUUUUACUCACUUUAAAAUUUGACAAAUUAUUUGUCAGUAUUUGUUUCCUUUUCCCUGAUUAAUUAAAAGAGUAGAAUCAACUAAAUGUUUAAAAUUUUCAAAUAACUUUGUUAAAAAAGAUGCUUGUGAGAUAUAAUUUAUGGUUUAAUACUACGAUCCUUGAAAUUUAAGAUAUCUGCUUCAGCCAUUUUUACAAUGAAUUUUCUGAUUUUGCAAAACCUGUUUGUUGAACUACCACAAUGCUGAUACUCUAAAUAGUAUGUAAAACAAUAUCGAAGUUACGUUGUUGGUAAUGUAACCAUUUUCUUUGUAAUUGUUAUUUGCAUUUUUAUGUUGACAACGUGAGAAACUGAAAUUUCAUGUACUCUGGCUGUUGUCGAAAAAAGCAAAUAUUUAAUUGUCUUCCUCCUCUAAGUUUGUUCUUUUCCUUAUAUUAAUGAUGGUUACAAUAACUGCAACCACGCAAUGAAAUUUUUUGUCAAUGUUUAUUCUAAUGGACUGUUAUUUGGAUUAUUGGCGUCACACAAAAUAAAAGAUAACUUUCUGGUCCUUCUCAUAGCUAUAAUUAUCUUAGACUUUUAACAUUAAUAGGUGACAUAAUAAUUCUAUAAUUCCAAGAAUAAGUCACUUUUUUGCCAUAGUAUAAUAAUACAAAAAUGUAUGUAACUAGUAUAAAGAUUGCCGUGUAGUCUUGAGUGUACAAUGUCAUCCGAAUGUCUCGUUACAGUCACGCCGAAAAUACUUAAGCCACUAAGUUCACGGCAGCAUUAAAAAUUUAAAUUAUAA